GUUGCAGUGACGUAGAGCGCGUGUUGCAGUGAGGUGGAGCGCAGUUUGUGUUGUGUGGCCUGGUAGCAGGGGGACAUGUGCUCCCUGUCCUGAGCACAGACACUCAGACAGACAGGGGCAGGGAGGCAGGGGGCACAGCGCUGUGGACAGGCCCUGGGGCAGCCAUGGGCAAGAAGCUGAAGGUGGGCAAGACCCGCAAAGAUAAAUUCUACCACCUGGCCAAGGAGACAGGCUACCGCUCCCGCUCGGCGUUUAAGUUGAUCCAGCUCAACCGCAAGUUCCAGUUCCUGCAGAGAGCCCGCGCCCUCCUCGACCUCUGUGCGGCCCCGGGAGGAUGGCUCCAGGUCGCUGCCAACUUCAUGCCCGUUUCCAGUUUGGUCAUUGGUGUUGACCUUGUCCCCAUCAAACCGAUUCCCAAUGUUGUGACCCUACAAGAGGAUAUCACCACGGAAAAAUGUCAGCAGGCCCUGCGCAAGGAGCUGCAGACCUGGAAGGUGGACGUGGUGCUGAAUGAUGGUGCCCCGAACGUGGGGGCGAAUUGGCUGCACGAUGCUUAUUCCCAGG